AUGUGCCAGUCAGAUCUUCACGAUUUCCUCCACGGCCUUCCCAAAUGCGAGCAUCAUGUUCAUUUGGAAGGAUGUCUUACUCCGGAAUUAAUCUUCCACCUUGCGGAGAGGAACAGUGUUCAACUCCCUAAGGAUCCAGCCUACGAGACUGUGGAGACGCUCACCCAACGCUACGGCCACUUUACAUCUCUGGACGAUUUCCUCGGUUUUUACUUCUACGGCAUGUCGGUCCUUCUUCAAGAAUCCGACUUUGCAGACCUAGCAUGGGCCUACUUCCAAAAAGCCCAUGCUGACGGCGUGCACCACGCAGAGGUCUUCUUUGACCCACAGGUACACCGGGACCGGGGGAUUCCCUAUGCGACUAUCGUCUCCGGAUUUGUUGCAGGGUGCAAGAGGGCGGAGAAAGAGCUGGGUCUUACUACUCGUCUCAUUCUAUGUUUCGUGCGUCACCUUCCUGUCGAGUCCGCUGCGAAUGUAUACGAAGAGGCACUAGUACACCAGCAUUUCGAUACUGAUAUCGUCCACGGCUUGGGUUGGUCAUCAACCGAGAUAGGGCCACCCAAGGACAUGUUCCGUGAACUGUAUAGCUCCGCCUCUGCUAGGGGGAUCCGGUUGACUGCCCAUGCUGGCGAAGAGGGCGAUGCGUCCUACAUCAGUACGGCGUUGGAGUUGGGUGCGCAGCGAAUUGACCAUGGGAUCCGACUUGUGGAAGACCCGGUGUUGAUGGAGAGGGUUGCUCAAGAGGGAAUCUUGUUGACGGUUUGUCCUCUCUCGAAUGUCCAACUACGCUGCGUGGAUUCGGUGGCUCAAGUCCCCAUUCGCAAGUUUUUGGAUGCAGGAGUCAAGUUUUCCAUUAAUAGUGAUGAUCCAGCCUACUUUGGAGGAUAUAUACUAGAUAAUUAUUGCGCAGUACAGGAGGCUUUCCAGUUGUCGAUUGAGGAUUGGAGGGUCAUUGCCGAGAAUAGUAUUGACAGUGUCGAAGACACUAUAUAUUCGAGUAAUUCUCGAAAUAGGCAUGGCUGCGGUACCAUCACGCAACUCUCGCAGGAUUUUGGGCGUCGAAUUUUGCCUGCAUCACGAUCCCUCCUCCAUUUCAGCUUCCUCCCUCCCCACACUUCGAGUAUCUUGAGAAAUACCGGUAGGACCUAUAUCUAUUCUCAAGCGAGAGUCAUGUCUUUAAAUGCAGCCGACGAUCGCUAUAAGCUUGUUUUCUUCGUGCCACACUCGCACCUCGACUCGGUCAAGGAGGCGGUAUUCGCUACUGGAGCUGGGACCUUCCCCGGGGGAAAAUAUUCUAAGUGCUGUUUUCAGACGCCUGGUCAGGGACAAUUUAUGCCUGCUGAUGGUGCCAAUCCGACCAUUGGUGCCGUAGGAACCCUGGAAUAUGUGGAGGAGAUGAAGGUCGAGAUGAUAUGCGUGGGACGGUCCGUCAUGCUGCACGCCGUGGACGCGCUGAUCACGGCUCAUCCAUAUGAGGAGCACCCGCAAAACGCCUCUUCGACUCCAAUUGCAGCCGAAUCGUUCAUCUUCGUCUCAUCAUCGCCGACUUCCUCCCUCAGCCAGUUCAUUCCCUCUCCGCCGCCAGCAAUGGCUUCCAGAAUCUUCCCCGCUGUCCCGCGGGUCGGCCGUCAAUUGUUUCAGAGCGUCCCAAAGUCUCAAUGCAGACCGUUCUCGGCUGGUCCGCAACGUUGCAGCGACUCCCUUGCCGUGCACCGCAACAAGCCUACCAACAAUCCAUCCAUCCCGUUCAAGUUCUCCGAGCAGAACCUCAAACUCGCCGAUGAAAUCCUCAAGCGCUACCCUCCCCAGUAUAAGAAGGCUGCGGUAAUGCCUCUCUUGGAUCUGGGCCAGCGUCAGCACGGCUACACCAGCAUUAGCGUUAUGAACGAGGUCGCCCGCCUCCUCGAGAUGCCUCCGAUGCGUGUCUACGAAGUCGCUACCUUUUACACUAUGUACAACCGUGAGCCAGUGGGCAAGUACUUUGUUCAGCUCUGCACAACGACACCCUGCCAGCUUGGUGGCUGCGGAAGUGAUAAGAUCGUCAAAGCCAUUACGGAACACCUUGGUAUCACUCCUGGACACACAACCGAAGACGGACUGUUUACCUUUAUUGAGGUCGAAUGCCUGGGUGCCUGUGUCAAUGCCCCUAUGGUUCAGAUCAAUGACGACUACUACGAGGAUCUCACUCCCGAGUCGAUUAAGACUCUUCUCACCGCGCUUAAGGAAUCUGCCACUGCCACUGAUGCUGGUAAACAGGUGCCUGCCCCAGGCCCCAUGAGUGGAAGACAGAGCUGCGAGAAUAGUGCUGGUCUCACGUCCUUGCGGGAGCCUGUGUGGGAUCCAGAGACGAUGAUGAGGAAGGAUGGAGCCUUGGAUGCGCAACAGCAAUAA